AUGUUAUUUUUCAAAUCAUUGGCUAUACCAACCUGUUUUAAACUUGUGAACUUUGAUCUGUUUAAAGGUGGGUCAUCAAGAAGUAGAAUUGGAGUAGGUGGGGAUAGUGCUGGUGGUAGAUUGGCUGCUGUUGUGUGCCAUGAAGAACAAGGUAUAGAUUAUCAGAUCCUGGUGUAUCCAAGUGUUGACAGUACACACUCAUCUCUAGCUCAUCAAGAGUUCAGCAGAGGACCAGUACUUACUAAACAAUUGAUAGACUGGUAUUUUAGAUUCAUUACACUCAUAAGGGGGAAAAGAUCAGAGUUAAGGUUAAGGGAGAUAACUCUUUUAUGUUAUCUGAUGUUAAUUGUUGUUUAUUUCUAUAUUUUCAGGUUUAUUGGAAAUUAUUUUUUAAAUGAAUCUGACCAGGGGAGUUUGAGAGGGUCACCAUUACAAAACGAUACCAAGAGUUUUUCUAAGUUACCACCAGCUUUAGUUAUUGUGGCUGAUAUUGAUCCACUCAGAGAUAAUGCCAUAUUGUACCAUGAGAAGAUGAAAUCCUGUGGUGCCAGCAGUGAAAUGUUACUAGUCCAAGGUGUUGUCCAUGCUUUUUUUACUAUGCCAGGCCAUUUUAAGGAAUGUUGUAAGAAACCAAUAGACAGAUGUAUACAGUUCAUUAAAGAGCAUUCCUAAUGGUGUCGACUGGAUAUUUAAAGUGAAAAAUAUAGCAUUGAUUUUAUGGAUUCACAGACAUUUUGUUAAAAGUGCAUACUUGCAAAUUUGAAAAUGUCAUACAGUUUUGCUGAUUUGCAUGCAUUUUGUUUG